AUGCGAUCGGCGAUUGAAGGCUACGAAGCGGCAGAAGACGGAGAUAACAGUCGGCCGGUCCGUCGGGUGCAGAGUACUGUGGGAGCGACGACAGGCUCGCCUACGCUGGCCAGUCGAGGGAACAUUGAACUGUUCAAGGAGACCCAGUUAGAACGCAGCCAGAGCUCCAGCUACUCAGACAUACAGGCACAG